CUCCACCCUUUCCGUGUGGGGGAGGAGAGGGAAGGAGGAGGAGAAGGUAUGUGCGUGCGCGCAACUCCCAUAUGCAAUUAACAGCAGCUCGUUCCGCCGCUAUGACCCGCGAAAUGAGGAAAUAAGUGUCGCCCCGGUGAAAAAGGGCACUUCUCCUCCCUCUCCUCCGCGACACCUCCACGUCUGCCGUCCAGUUUUUCGAGAGAGAGAAAGAGAGAGAGAAAGAGAGGACAGCAACACAUUCUGGAAGACAGUGUGAAUUAAUAUAAACGCGCAUUUAAAAGUACAAUGAGCGAGCCAUCUUCCGUGUCUCUCCCUCUCUCUCCCUCUUAUAUAUACAUAUUUCAAGCGAUCCUCGCCCGUCUUGGAACGCGAUGAUUUCUAUCCCCCUCGCCAUCUCGAACGAAAUACGUGGACGUUGACUUUAAUAGAUCGCAACGUAAGGGAUGAAUAAUAUUUCAAUAAACGGAACGAGAGGAGGAGGAUGCACAAAUUUUUAGUUGCUACAAUUGUUUAAAAAAAAAAUAGAAAUGAUGAGAAUCGGUUGCUAACCAAAACCGAGGAGAAAGGCUCUCGAUAUAAUAAUUAAACACCAGACGGUGUAUAAUAUCAUAUGUAUAUAUAUAUAUUAUUUGCCGAACGAAUUAUCGAACGAGUGGCCAAUGUCUGUUCGUUAGACCCGUGAAAAAACACGAAUCCGUCUCACGUUCCCGUUAUUCGAGAAUACUGGAAACGUUUGCCCGUGAAACGGAGACGGUCAGUGCGGAAACAGCGUUCCAACCGAGUCGCGGGAUACGAUUCUUGGCGCGCGUUCUACGUAGAGGGGGGAGGAGUUGGAGCGUUUUUUUUCCUUUCUCCCUUUGGAGAGAACGGGGUGGCGGGCGGCGGCCCAUGGUGCAACGCAUGAGAGUCGCAUCGCGGCGGCGCUCGAGGGAUGCAAGGCAUCCGAGAUCUUUUCCUCGUCUUUGCGUGCCUCCAUUUCCUCGCCAUCUGCGUAUCUGAAAACGCGAUCGACGCUCCAACCACGCUGUCCAGGCGCAAGAGGUACUUGAUUUUUCCCGAAGGGAGUAACAUGCAGUUAGUGUAUUGUCUGACGGUGGGAACCUACGUGAAGGAGAACGACGUAAUAAUGGGGAUAACAGCAGCCCUGGCAUGGGAGUUGCCGAGCAAAGUGGACUCGAAGGUGUCGAAGUUGCUCGAUCGGAAGAGUAGAAGCGUCAUGUAUCCGAAGAUAGAGGCUCUGCUGCAAUCCACGGGCCUGGAUGGAAGAGCUUGCGUGAUGAAGGCGCUGUGCGAGGCUGCCCGGAGGAGCCCACAGGAUGUUGGAAAAGGGAGCCUGGUCCAGGAGUUGCUGCACGCCAUCUUUACGUUGCCGGGGGACGGUGGCCGUUUCGAGCGAUCCGAGGAUCAAGCUUACGAGCGCGCUUACACGAGCGGAGAGGAUUGCAACGGGCUGUACCCGACCUGCCGCCACUCCAUUUACGAGCUCGAGUUCUGAGUCGCCCCAGCCAUCCCCCUCAAUUGGACGCUAUUCGUAUGCGUGCGCGAACGUUGACCGCGUUUCCCCACGCGACGGAAACGUGCCUCGCCCUUCUCCUCGCCGAUUCUUCAAACCGAGCCGUCCGUCUAAUCCCCCCGAUGCUUCGGUCGAAUCGCUGCCAAAGUUGACCGCAUCCUCGUUCCGUGUUUCGAAUUUUUCCAACGCCUCUCUCUCUCUUUCUUUCUCUCUCUCUCUGUGAACGUGAUCGUGCGAGCGAUCCAGCACGGGAAUUUUCGAAUGCAAAGUGGACAGAUAUAUAUCGGAGGAAUGGAAAUUUUGAACAAUUGUCGGUGGAAUGAGUUGGAUAAGAAUGGAAUGGUUACGACUGGUGUGCGGCUAGUAUCUCUAUUUUAUCGGAAAUGGAUCGAUGGAAAUGAGUGAAAGAGUUAAUUUUUCUUUUUUUAUUUCAAGUUACAGUUUAUCAAGAGAGAAAAUUAAAAGAUUGAAAAAUUAAACUUGUAAGUUAAUACUGUUUGAUUGCAUUAUAUGUUAUAUUGAGAGUGUAGUUGAGUUGAUUAUGAUGGAGAGAAUAAAUCGUGUUAAUCCAUUUAAACCAAGUUGCAGAUUGGAUAUCUGUUAGGUAAGUAUCGAUCGAUCGAUAAAAGUUGUUACGCAAGUUGAUGAUCCUUCAGGCGAUGCACCUUGGUCAUUACGUAUCCCAUCAUUUUUCUUUCCUAGCAGAGUGUCGACGCUCUACGCGUUUUUUUCCCUCCCCUUUUCUCUUUCAAAGAUUUUUCACGACUUUUUCGCCACGACAUUUUAGACGAUGUCGGGUAUAUAUUCGCGGUAAUUCGUUUUGCAUUAACAAAAUGGUCAACCGAGUGACCGCGGAUUUACAGUUCAUUUCGGCGGAGUGCUGUGCCUGCCCAGCUCUUUCAACCCUUUUGUAAACGGGCCCGAGUGAAAAAGUCUACAAAAGCGAGGGGAGGGGGAAAGAGAAAGGGAAAAUGGAAACGGAACGGGGAGGAGGAAGAAGAAGAGGGGAAUAAUAUCGCGGUAUUAUUUAAAUAUCCAAUAUUUAACCGCCAAAUAUUGCAACAACGUUUAAAUGCAUUCGUGACGUUUUAUUAAUAAUAAUAAUAAUAAUAGGUUCAUGACAUCCAUUACGAAGGCGAAGUUCACUUUGCUUUUGGAACGGAAGAAAGGAAAAAAAGAAAAAGAAAGAAAGAAAAAAAAAUUAAAAUUUCCACACGGUUUCC